AUGAUCGACCAAAUAACAAUUCUCACUCAAGGAGGUGCAGUGCUGUGGACUAGAAGACUCUUUUCUACACAGUCGAAUACGCUCGACCUAGUCAAUGCUCUUAUAUCCAAUGUGCUUCUGGAAGAACGGGCUGGAAAGGAUGCGUACCUUGUUGACCCGUUCCUAUUGAAAUGGACAUUUGCCAACGAAGUGGGUUUGGUGUUUGUGGCUGUUCAUCAAAAAGUGCUGUCGCUUCCAUACAUUGACGAGUUGCUCCAAGCCAUCAAAUCUACAUUUUGUAGCCGCUUCAAAAAUAUUAUUGGCGACAUUUCUCAUAUUGACGAGUAUGCCGAGUUUGAUGACGUAUUUGAUACAAUCCUAGAUGCUGUAGAGGAAAAGGCUAAAGAGGCAAAGGUGCCUAGAUCAUUCAAGGAAUCGCGCAAGUACACCAACACUCUUGAAGGAUCACAGCAAAAAAAGUCAGACUUGGCAGUAUCAGAAUCUGUAUCUUUGGAUGCUGCUUCUGGAGAUCCGACUACACAAACUAAAGCAGAUGAAUUGGCUUUAAAACUAGAGAAACUGGCCAAGCGUGGUGUAUCUAGUCGUAAAAAUACAUCAAAGAAAUCAAAACCACUUGUAUCAGAGACUGCAUCGCCGUCAUUGGCAAAAAAGGAAAAACAGAUGCGUGCAUGGGAUGCUGCGGGUGGUUCCAUGUCUGUUGAUAGCAAUCAGAAAUUAGAUUUUAGCGAUUCAAAGCAGGAUAGCGAAACUGUGUUGCUGAAUUUAGUGGGCCACUCAUUGGGCACACGAAGUGCAGAUGGAUCGUAUGAAGCACUGGACAUAGACAGACCCGCCGAGACUGCAAGCGAGAAUGAAAGUGAUGAUGCAAAGGAUCAAGACAGUUCCACUGCACAUUUAACUAUUUCAAAAUCUAGCACAUCGGGAGGUGACUUGUUUUCAUUUUUCUCAAAAUGGGUAUCAGCACGCACUCUUACCGAGGUGGAUUUAGAGCCAGCACUGAUUAAAAUCAAGGAGCACUUGAUCAACAAAAAUGUAGCGGCAGAUAUUGCAUCUCUAUUGUGCGAUUCUGUAAAAUCUGGUUUGAUUGGGAAAAAGACUGGUCCGUUUAAAGCUUUGAACACCACGAUUAAAGAGCUUAUGGAGAUUGCGCUCAGUCGUAUUCUUACACCGAGCACAUCUACAGACGUUUUGCGUGAAAUCAAUGCCGUGAACAACAAGAGCCAUAGUGGUAACAGACUUUCAUCAAGCCAUGUUGGUCGCCCUUAUACGUUUGUGUUUGUGGGUGUCAAUGGCGUAGGAAAAAGCACCAAUCUUUCCAAAAUCUGCUUUUGGCUGUUGCAGAAUAAGAAACGAGUAUUGAUUGCUGCGUGUGAUACGUUUCGAUCUGGAGCAGUGGAGCAGCUGCGUGUGCAUGUAAAAAAUCUCAAAGCACUUGAAAAGGGUGCUGUAGUUGAUCUAUUUGAUCGUGGAUAUGGAAAAGAUCCUGCUGCAAUUGCAAAAGAAGCCAUUGCAUAUGCUACUUUGGAAAGAUACGAUAUUGUACUUAUAGAUACUGCUGGUCGAAUGCAAGACAACGAACCAUUGAUGCGGGCUUUGGCCAAGUUGAUUUCCACCAACAACCCGGACAAGAUUCUUUUUGUUGGCGAGGCACUUGUGGGCAAUGGUGCCGUGGACCAACUUACUAAAUUCAACCAAGCCUUUCGCGACUUUUCUGGAAUGCGUGAACCCCGUCAAAUCGAUGGGAUGAUUCUGACAAAGUUUGACACAAUCGAUGACAAAGUCGGUGCAGCACUUUCAAUGACGUACGCAACGGGUAAACCUAUUUUGUUUGUAGGCACUGGACAGACUUACACGGAUUUAAGAAAGCUGAAUGUGAGAAGUGUUGUCAGCUCUCUUUUGAAAUAA